AUGGAACCGCCGAGGGGUUUAGCGCUGGCCGCCGCCAAUGGAAUCAUCCCACCCAGGCCCGCCUAUGAGGUCUUCGGCACUGUGUGCACAGAUGGAGUCUCAGAGACCAAGAUCCAGAAGUUUGACCUGUUCCCCAAGGCGCUCAUACCCAGGUCCGUCACCCCUCAGCAGCUGAGCUCCGGGGCAAAGCCGGUGACCCCUGACAGUGAGUCGGUGACUGGAAGCACCCAAGGAGCCUCAUCCCCUGAAGUCAGACCUGGUUCUGGGUCAGAAAACGGGGACGGGGAGUCCUUCCUCAGCUCCCCCAUGUCCAAAGCUCUGAAAGAAGGCGAGGAAAGCCCGAGCUCCAUCAGCCCGCUGGGCUCAGAUUCUGGUUCUGAUGGCGAGAAGGACGAGCAGGACCCAAGUUCUUCCUCCUCCUCCAGGCAGAGGACACCCAUAGACAUCCUGACCAGAGUCUUCCCCACCCAGAAGAGGAGCGUUCUGGAGCUGGUUCUACAAGGCUGUGGAGGAGAUGUGGUCCAAGCCAUCGAGCAGAUCCUGAACAACAGAGGUCAGGAGAAGGGUGAUGACACUUGGUCUAGAGAAGCGGCUCUUCAGAGCCUUCAACCUUCAGUGUCCACCAGCCACCGACCACUCAUAGCUGGAGCCAUCACCCCAGCUAUAGGGACCCUCGGGAGCAGGUCUGCCUUCUCCCCUCUGCAGCCCAAUGCCACCCACUUUGGGACAGACACCAACACUUACCAGCUAGGUGGGCACCUCGGACUCAACCCAUUAAGACUGGCCUAUUCUGCCCACAGCAGAGGACUUGCCUUCAUGGCUCCUUACUCUACAGCUGGCUUUAUGCCCACCCUAGGCUUCCGCCCACCUAUGGACUAUGCCUUUAGUGACCUGAUGAGGGACCGGGCGAAUGUUCACAAGGACCAGGUCUACACAAACGGUCUCUAUGGGUCUGUAGUCAACAACAACACCGAGAAACAAUGA